AGUAGUUCAAUACCAACUCCAUCAUGAUCACUCAAGGCCUUAUCUGGCCUGUCCUCGGCCUUCUUCUCAACACUGCCACGGCCGGCACCAUUCGCCAAUCACCACUCAAACUCACCGUGAAACACGAGGGUACUCUCAGUCCUGCCAUAAACGCCAACUUUCCAGACCCAUCCAUCAUCCAAAUCGAAGAUGGAUCAUGGGUAGCUGUCGCAACCAACGGCGGUCCGCCAGACAACUAUCGAAAACUCCAGGUCGCCACAGCCAAAGACCUGCUCGGAGAAUGGACCCUGCAACAAGAAGAUGCGCUUCCCGAUAAGGGCUGGACAACAGGCGAAAAUACAUGGGCACCCGAUAUUCGACGCGUCGAUAGCGGAGAGUACAUCGUUUACCUGAGUCCUGAGAUAGAAGCCGGUAGACAUUGCAUUGGUGUCGCGCGCUCAAAGAACGCUACGGGCCCUUAUAAAUAUGAUGAGAAACCUCUUGUCUGCGGCCCAGAUAACCUCAAAGGCGCCAUUGACGCCAGCGGCUUCAAAGAUCCUGACAGCGGGAAAAACUAUCUCAUUUAUAAAAUCGAAGGCGAUGCAUCAGGCCCAACGGGCGGUACACCAAUAAUGCUCCAAGAAAUCGAAGGCGAUGGCGUCACUUUCAUUGGAGAAGCCGUCAAGAUCUUUGACCGCAUUGGCAGUGAAGACGGCGUCUUAGUCGAAGCGCCAAACAUCGUGCGCCUUGGCAACGGGAAAUAUGUCUUGUUCUUCAGCAGUCACGAUUUUCGCGAUCCGUUGUAUAAUGUCAAAUACGCUUAUGCGGAUAAACUGUCGGGUCCUUAUACACGUGCGGAAGAGCCUUUGAUUGCGGCGCCGGAUUUCGGACUUGAUGCGCCUGGUGGUGCGACGAGUAAUAACGCGGGAGAUACGUUGGUUUUCCAUGGAUGGUGUCCUGAUGAUAAGAAUAUUCGGUGUAUGUAUAGUGUUGAGUAUGAGUAUGAGUGAGG